CAAAGCUCAGGUAACGCGAUGAACUGAUAAAUACAAACAACAACACCUCCGCUCGUUUCCAAGAUGAGGAUCUGCGAGGUAGUUCCAGACAUGAUGUGGUCGACCAAACUCUUGUGUCUUGCGCUGCAAGUCGCAUCUUCUUUCUCUCUUCCUGCUGAGAUUCCGACUGAAGAGUAUCCAUCGCCGAAUGGAACUGGCAAAGGAAUUUGGAAAGAUGCGUAUGUAAAAGCGCAGCAGUUUGUUGAUCGAUUGACGCUCGAGGAGAAAGUCAAUGUUACGCGCGGUUUUGCGGCUGAUAAUGUUUGCGCUGGUAACACGGGUACAAUUCCGCGCCUUGGAUGGCCGGGUUUGUGUCUCCAUGAUGCGGGCAAUGGAGUGAGAGCGACGGAUUUUGUUAACUCCUAUCCUUCUGCUUUGCAUGUUGGGGCGAGUUGGGAUAAGAACUUGACGUAUCAGCGGGGUUAUUACAUGGGGAAGGAGUUCAAGGCCAAGGGAGUGAAUAUUCUUCUUGGACCAAAUGUUGGGCCUUUGGGAAGAACGCCACUUGGUGGACGAAACUGGGAGGGCUUCUCGGUUGAUCCGUACCUGACGGGCCGACUCAGUGCAGAGUCCAUCAUAGGGCAUCAAGACGCCGGAGUGAUUGCCAACGUCAAACACUUCAUCGCCAACGAGCAAGAAACCUAUCGUCGUCCUUACUUUGGCAUUGAAGCAGUAUCCUCAAAUGUCGACGACAAGACUCUUCAUGAGUACUAUCUUUGGCCCUUUGUGGACUCGGUAAGAGCAGGUGUUGCAUCAGUCAUGUGUUCAUACAACCGCGUCAACGGAACAUAUGCCUGCGAGAACAGCAAGCUCAUGAAUGGACUUCUCAAGACUGAGCUUGCGUUUGAGGGGUUUGUGUUGCUGGAUUGGAACGCGCAGCAUAAUCUUGAGAGUGCGAAUGCGGGACUGGAUAUGGUUAUGCCGAUGGGGGGAUUCUGGGGAGAGAAUUUGACGAUGGCUGUUGAAAAUGGGACUGUUAAGGAGGAGAGGGUGACGGACAUGGCUACAAGAAUCCUGGCCGCUUGGUACCUCGUCGGCCAAGAUGUCGACUUUCCAACCCCUGGGAUCGGAAUGAAGAACCUUUCUCUUCCUCACGAGCAAGUCGAAGCUCGCACCCCCGAAUCACGACCAAUUUUGCUCGAGGGCGCUAUUGCAGGGCAUGUACUUGUCAAGAACGUAAACAGCACUCUUCCCUUCGCCGAAAAGCCCAAGAUGAUCUCUGUCUUUGGAUAUGAUGCCACCGCUGCCAAGACGAAGAAUACGGAUAAUCUUUUCCAGCUGGGAUAUACUUCAUCACCGGAGAUGGGACAAGCUGUUCUUGGCACUGAAGAGCAUUUUGACCAAGCUGCCAAGGGAGGAACGAUUGUUUCGGGUGGUAGGGCGGCUGCUAACUCACCGCCAUACAUCAGCGAUCCCCUCAGCGCGAUUCAGCAGAGAGCCGCUAAGGAUGGGAGCUGGGUGAACUGGGACCUUUCAUCCUCUAACCCUGACGUGAACGGCGCAACGGAUGUCUGUCUCGUUUUUAUCAACGCCAUGGCAACUGAAGGAUGGGACCGCGAUGGUCUUCACGAUGACUUCAGCGACGCCCUGAUCCUCAACGUUGCAUCGCAAUGUGCCAACACGAUUGUUACAAUCCACGCAGCAGGCAUUCGUCUCGUUGAUCAGUGGAUUGACCAUCCAAACAUCACCGCAACAAUUAUCGCUCACCUUCCAGGCCAAGAUAGUGGCGAGGCGCUCGUGAAGCUUCUUUACGGCGAGGCCGUUUUUUCAGGAAAGUUGCCGUAUACCCUGGCGAAGAAUGAGAGUGACUAUACCCCUUACAAACCCUGUGGACUGGAAGAGGGAAGCAAGGAUCCGCAGUGCGACUUUACUGAAGGCGUGUAUCUUGACUAUCGCUCUUUCGACGAUCGGGAUGUCACGCCAAGAUUCGAGUUCGGGUACGGCCUUAGCUACACGGAGUUCGAGUACUCUGACUUGGCAGUCAAGGUUGCUGAGACAAGUGCUUCAGCUGCUGAUGAAGAUCUUUGGAGUACGUUUGCUACCGUUCAAGCUACAGUCUCCAACAUCGGAAAGCGAGACGGUGAGGAAGUUGUUCAACUUUACGUUGCUAUCCCGAAUAGUCCACCAAAGCAACUCCGAGGCUUUGAGAAAGUCAAGAUCAACAAGGGCGAAUCUGUCGAUAUUCCAUUUGAACUCACGAGACGUGACCUCAGCGUCUGGGACGUCGUCAAGCAGGAUUGGACUCUUCAGCCGGGCAACUACACCAUUUUCGUCGGCUCCAGCAGCCGUACCCUCCCCCUGAAAGAGUCACUGAACAUAGAAGUUUAGAAGCCAAAUCUAUAAACUUUUGAUUACAAAUCAUACAGGAAUAAACGAGUUACUGUGCUCCCUCGUUAUUAACGCUUAGGCCCCCACAUUGCUCAAGUAUCAACCCUGGAACUCCAAACCGCGGUAGUAAAAUCCUUGCUUUUGCAAGCUGGGUAGAUAACCAAGCCUGAUUCGUUUUGCUGAGUGCUACGGAGAGCGACCACAUGAAACGGUAGACUUGACGGGGAUCUUCUUCGAGAGCCUUUGUGGCGACGCUGAAGAUGUAGGAUAGGGAGGGCUCGGGCUUGAAAGGCGUUUCGUUGUAGGUGUCUAGGCUGGAGCAGAGGAUCUGCAAGGCGUGGAAGUCAAGGGCUGCGGCGUAUACUGUCCACAUGAGGCGCUUUCCUCCAGAGCUGGGCGUCUUUUUGGCGAGGAGGAGGAUAUCGGCGAAUUCCUGUUGUUGUUAGUUACAUUACAUGGCUGUAUUGGAUAAGCUGUCGUACAUCACCGAAGUUUUCGACAUGCCGCCAGAGCUUCUUAAGAUCGUCGUAUCCAC